AUGAAAGCUUCUACUUCAUACAUAUCAACAGGAGCCAAUCGAUCUUCCUCAUGUUCAGCAUGUUCUUCUUCCGGUCUUUACAUCCUAGGGACCGGUAAAGUCAUAGCGUUAUGGGAUACUCAAGCUGAACCAAGUGUUGGCGUCAUCUCAACCCUCUCCGGUCAUACAGCCGAUAUAACCACUCUGAAGUUUUUGGAUAAAUUGAAUGAUCGACCUGAUUUCGUUAGUGGAGAUACUGCCGGGCAAGUCAAAACUUGGCGAUUGAGACAAGACCAGACAUACGAAUGUGAUCUCACAUUUAUGGCACAUGAGUUUUCUUCUAUAUCCUCUUUGGGAAUCCCACCUAGCGAAGGAAAUCUUGAAGGACAUAUUCUCACUGGGGGUUCAGAUGGGACUGUCAAGUUGUGGGAUAUUUCAGAAGGAGAAGCUAUCUUGAAGCAAACUAUCAAUCCUAAAGGUAAAUUACCACUAGAUUUGGUUAUUGGGCAUCUUCCUGGGACUAAAGCUCUUAUUCUAAUUGUUGGCUGUACGGAUCGUCGAGUUCAAGUGUACACUUAUCAAAACAAUGCCUUUAUCCACUCCCUAUCAUUGGAAGGACACGAAGACUGGGUCCGUUCUCUUUCUCUUACGUCUUACCCAUCCUCUUCAUCAAGUACAGCAUCAUCAUCCACAACAAAUUCCGACCUUCUUCUUGCCUCAGGUUCUCAAGACGGAUUCAUACGACUAUGGCGUAUCUCUCCAACGAAGAAAUUCUCAGAUCUCAAUGGGAAUAUCAAUAGUCUCGAAAUGUUAGACGACUUCGAGAGACGUCUUGCCGGAGAAGGUGGAUCAACACAAAUAUCUACCAAAGCCCAUGUACUCAGUUUGGAGGAAGGGAAAUGGGAUAUCACCCUAGAAGCUCUUUUGGUAGGACAUGAAGGUGGAGUGACCGAUCUCAAUUGGUCCCCCAUACCUUCUUCUUUGGACUCUUCUGAAUCACCCUUGAGACCACCCCGAUUACUCUCAACGGCAAGCGACAACUCUAUGAUCAUCUGGCAACCUUCUGAAGGAGACGACGGAAUAUGGAUCCCAGCCCAUCGAUUCGGUGCUUUAGGUGGGAAAGGGUUGGCAGUCUUUGGAGCUGUAUGGGGAAAAGAUGGAAAUGGUGUCAUGUCGGCCGGAUGGAAUGGAGGGGUUGAGAGAUGGAAGAAGAUUUCGUCUGAACCGGAAACUUGGCAGCCGGAUGUAGGGUUGACUGGACAUUUCGGGGAUGUUAAGUCUGUUGCUUGGGAUGUGGAUGGGGAUUAUCUUUUGUCCGUCGGAUCUGACCAGACUUCACGUAUUCACGCGGAAACAUCAAUAGCAGGAGCCAAAAGAUGGGCCGAAAUAGCUCGUCCUCAGAUACACGGGUACGACAUGACUGAUUGUGUAUUCCUCAAUCCACUUAAAUUCGCAAGUACCGCCGAUGAGAAAGUCACGAGAAUUUUCGAAGCCCCGUCAGGUUUUGUGGAAUCUCUCCAUACUCUAGGAGUUAGCUCGACCAUUCAAUCUGAUCCGACCGCCAGACCUAAAGGGGCUACGGUUCCUCCCUUGGGUCUCUCCAACAGAGCUUUCGGGAAAGAGCUAGAGUCAUUAGAUGCUCCGACUGCUAAUGAACCGAUACAUUCCGUUUCGAAAGCUUUCAUUCAGAUUCCCACUGAAGACGAGUUGGCUUCUUCUACUUUAUGGCCGGAGGUGGAAAAGGUUUAUGGACAUGGGUAUGAACUGGUCACCUGCGCCGCUUCCCACUCUGGUGAAAUCAUAGCCACAGCUUGCCGUGCUUCCUCUGCCGAACACGCAGUCGUCCGUCUUGUAUCCAGUACCACUUCCGAGCUUGUCUGUCCUCCGCUCACUGGUCAUACACUCACCAUCACCCGUAUCGCGUUCAGUCCUGAUGACUCGAGGAUCCUCACUUGUUCAAGAGAUAGAGGAUGGAGGAUGUUCAAACGGUCCAAUGGACAGACAUACGACCCUUGUGCGGCUCAGGAUAAGGCUCAUGGGAGGAUGGUUUUGGAUUGUGCUUGGACUUCUGAUGGGAAAGGGUUUGCUACUGCUUCGCGGGAUAAGACGGUCAAAAUAUGGACAUCUUCCGCAGGGGAAGAUCAAUGGAUACAAGUAGCCAGUAUCAAACUCACCGAAGCUGCCACCGCCAUUGACUUUACGGAUUCACCAUCAGGUUCAAUCUUGGCCGUUGGGACAGAGAACGGUACUAUAGAAAUCUAUUCUCUGUUAUUUGUCAUGUGGCUCCCCGUCAACAGACUGGCUUUCCGACCGCAAAAAGGCGAACAGGGGGGAUUGAUCCUGGCGAGUUGUUCGGACGAUCGAUCGGUUCGGAUCUUCGAUAUCAUAUUGUGA